AUGGAGCUCAAGGUCAAGCACCAUCGCUGGGCGAUUGUCUGCUGUGCCAUCUCCGCAAUUGGAGCUCUCUGCUACGGCUAUGAUCAGACAUAUUAUACAGGAAUCUUGGGCAUGCAGGCCUUCAAGGACGUCUAUGGCUACUAUGAUGCUUCAACCGGCGCCUUCGCGCUUGAUGCAAGUUUCACUUCAAUCACAACAUCCAUCAUUUAUGUCGGCGAGCUGGUGGGCGCGUUGAUCGCAGCUCCUGUCAAUGAACGCUGGGGCCGCAAGGCCGUGUUUUCCAUGGCCUCAAUUUCAAUUAUCGCCGGUGGCAUAGCGCAGGUAGCCGACGCCGGCAUCGAGGGCAUCAUAAUCUUGGGCCGGAUUCUAGUAGGGAUUGGGAUUGGCAACUUCACCGUGACAUGUCUUCUUUAUAUCGGCGAAAUCGCGCCGCGACAGAUUCGUGGUCCUGCAUUGAUGAUGUUCCAAUUCUUGCAGUCUUGUUCACAGCUGGUGGCAUCGGGUAUCACGCAGGGCACAAACAGCAUCAAGCACUCUUCGGCGUCAUAUCGUAUUCCAAUGGGACUGCUAAUCAGCUUGCCACUGAUGAUGCUUGUUGGGUUGUUCUUCAUCCCUGAAAGUCCGACGUGGUAUAUGAGCAAGGAACGGCACAGCGAGGCAGAGGCUGCGCUGCGUCGAAUCAAUAGAAGCAAUGCAUCUUAUGACCCGACCAGCGAUAUCGCCACUUUGGAGCAGGAGGUUCGACGCCAAAGAGCCCAUGAGACAGUAGAGAAGAAUUCUUCUUGGUGGAAUUUGAUCGCCGAUCCGAUCGAACGCCGCAAGAUGCUCUAUUCAUGUGGCUCAAUGGCAGCACAGCAGAUGAACGGAAUUGUGUUUUUCUACUCGUAUGGUGUGGUUUUUGCGCAGUCUCUCGGAUUGGCACAGGCCUUCACCAUCUCGCUUAUAACGAAUAUCCUGCAGGUUGUUGCGGUUGGAGUCUCGAUUCUCAUGGGCAACAAGGUUCCCCGCCGAAAGAACCUCCUUGUCACAACGUCGAUGAUGUUCUUCGCGUACAUCAUCAUUGGUGCAAUUGCAACCCACAAAGUGACCAUCGGCCCGGCGAUCGCCAUCGUGGUAAUCAGUUACGUGGUCAUCGUCGCAUUCAAUAUUGGCCUGGGCCCUCUGGCUUUUACUUAUGCUAGUGAAGUGGCUGUGGGUCCCAAUAGAAACAAAAUCAUGUCUUGUUCGAUCGUGACCUUUUUUCUGGCCACUUGGGUCAUAUCGUUCACUGCUCCCUACUUGUACUAUACAGCCAAUUUGGGAGCGAUGUUGGCAUUUAUUUACGCGGGAACGACGAUAUUCUCUCUAUGGUACAUCUACUUCUGCGUUGGUGAGACGACAGGUCGAUCCAUCCUGGAGAUCUCGAUUCUCUUUCGAGAGCGUGUUCCAGCCAAGAAGUGGUCAACGUACAAUUUUUCGUUCCAGGAAGAGGAUGCAAGUCCUGCGCCGAUGGAAAAGGAUACGCAUUGGCAAAUCAGAGAGCAAGUGUAA